AUGUCCCCUGGCGAUACGGCACUUGAUCAUGCAGAAACACGCGCCAGAGAUGUGAGCUCCGACGCUUGGCGCGACGAUAGUGUUGGCGGGCAAGAUGCUCACGGUCAGUCCGGCCGCAACCACGACAAUGGCGAGACCAGAGCCAACGGCACCGCUUCGACUUCGAAUCCAGACAAUCACCUUUCUGCUGAAGCCGGACCAUCGAAACCACGAUCCGUCGGAAGCGGACGCUCCGCCUCUCCUCAGCAAUCCUCCACGCCCAAAGUGCCAACCAAACGAAGAAGGCUCGAUGCAGAGCUUGCCUUCUCCAGUCCAGGUCCAGCUUUUCAGCUCGGGCAGCAGGACAGCGAUGCUCAAGCUGAGAACAGCGACAGCUCCGGCAGAACACGCCGUCCGCGUCGGAGCACCACACUGACCAAUGGCAAUGGCGACGGCAGUGGCAGCAGCGACUCGCGGCAUCGUCGUCCAUCUGCGUCGACAAGGCAAGGCGAGACAGAUCAUUCGAAGACGGUUCUCGAUUCAAAUGCAUCAAAUAAGCUCAGCAGCAGCAAGGGCAGCAGAAAAAAGGCAUACCCAAAUGAAAGGGCGUACCGCGAGUCGUCGACAAGCUCGGUCUCUCCCAACCGUUCCAGAUCACGAAGUAAAUCGGCAGUGGAGAGCGAGCCAGAUCAAGAUUCGGCAACAGUCGUUCAGUCGGAGGUUCCCACCAACGUCACACCCUACCUCACUCGUCCGAGACCGCAGAUCACGCCCUUGACUCAGCUCGACCCACAAGUGCCUUUGCCCGACAUCCUCGAUCGCAGAAGGAAGGAAAAAGCCGCAGUGGCACAAUCUGACCUCGAAGACGUCCAUGAUGGUCACGACAUGCUCGUUCGAGAGCUUUUCCACCUCUCCAAGUUUGUCACCAUGGUCGGUUACGAUCCUGACAUUGCACGCAACGACCAGAGCGACGUCUUCACUACCUUCAAGCACGCGCACGACCUUCGCUUCAGCCUAGACGAGUCCGCUCCCGGAGCGGAAGCAUCGACUUCCGGGCGCGUCACUCGGAGACGAGUCAAUGCCAGACUGGAAAGCCUCUCUCUCAAACGUCCACAACCCCCAAGUAACCCGUCUACGCACAGCACUACUUCCAAAGCCAAGGGUGAUGAUAAGGGAACUGGAAUUGAUCGCACCAGAAGAUCUUCGAGCAUCGCAGACACCAAGUCACAUGUCAACGGCAAGGGUGCAUCGGACAACGAAGCCGGCAUCGACGAUGACGACGACAACGAAGCAAGCGAAGGGGGCAGCGAGGGAUCAGAUGUCGACGUAGGAAGCCGAAAUGCAAAGGGGAAAGGAAAAGCAGAGGACGCCUACGCGCGACGGAAGAGUGCGGCCAAGCGAGCUCGACUGUCCAUUUCACAGAAGCAACAACGCGCGUUUAUAGACGAAACUUCGUCCGACACACCCGUCAAGCGCACCGGCUCGCGCAAGAACAGGGCCUUGGACGAGCUCGAUGCUUUCAUCACUCGACAGCAACCUCGUCCCUUGCCUGAUCACCCACCACCACUGCACAUCCUCGCUCCCCACCAAGUCCCUGAUCUGCGACGCUUCAACGGCGAUCUCAAUGCACUGUGGGAGUCUUUCGACCUCUUUCAUGACGGCGAGGCGAGUAUCGAGGACGACGAUCUGCAGACCUACAUCAAGCUCGACGAGAGAUGGCGCGCCGGUCUGCCGAUCCAUCCCGAAGCCGGGUCCACCACGCGCCACAUUGCUCACAAGGCUGUCCGUAAUAAGUCGCAUCGCGACCAUAUGCUAGAUGCUGUUGCUGGCAGCUACUCUCAAAUGCGUCAGUACGCUAGACUGAGACAGCAGAAUUCUCGUAAAGUAGCUCGCAUGGUCGCUCAGCACUGGGAACGUCAGCUCGGAACCUCGGAACGCCAUAAGAAGGCCGAGGACAGACGAAUCCGUGCGCUGGCCAAGUGGACUCUCCGCGAAGUGCUCAAGCAGUGGCGACUGGCUGUCAACGUGGUCAGAGCUCGAAAGGCUGCAGCCGAAAAGGCCGAGAAGGAGAAGCUGGACAAAGAGCAGCUCAACGCGAUCCUCGAACAGAGCACUGCCAUGCUCAAGAAGCAGCACGAGGUCAUGACGCGUGCGGACAGCUCGGUUGGCAGCGACGACGAGAGCGAUAGGACAAGCUACGGUAGCGACGGGACCGCAGACCCCGACGACUCGGAUGUCGACGCUGAGCACGAAGAGCAGAUGCCCACCGCUGAAGGAGCGGAAGAGCCAGAAAGUGCCAGUGUAUCUCAAGACACAUCGACACCAGCUACGCGCGAUCAGUCCUUCGUGUCCACACCUGCUGCACUGGGCGCAGAUGAUGAAAUGAUUCGGGAACAGAGCCAGCUCGACGAUGAAGCCUUGGUCGCGAAUGCAGAGACCUCUUCAGACGCCUCAGUUCUUGAACCAAAAUCCUCAAACAGGCCACGACGAAGUGCUCGUGGUGCUGUCGGCAAGCCAUUCAAGGCAAAGGACGACAGGCUUGAUGCCGAUGACGUCGAAUUCAAUAUUGGCGCCGACGACGGCGAGCAAGAAGAUGCCGAACUUGAAAGACAAAUGUGGGCGGAGGACGAGGAGGACGAUAGCGAAGAUGCAGGACUCGAAGCGGAUGCCAAUAUACCCAUUGAGGAGCUGCUCAAACGAUACGGCUACGGGCAGGACGCAGACGAGGGAGGUACAGACGAUAUUGACGCUGGCGAGGAAGAGGCUGCCAGCGAAGGCGAACAAGCUCCAUCAUUAAUAGCAAAGACUGAGAAAGAGGACACAGCCGACGCAAAUGUCAAGGUGGAAGCAGCAGAGGUGCAAGAGGCUGAGGACUCUUCAGACGCUGCAAUGGAUGUCGAAGAGGCAGACUCGAGUGCUCUGAAACGACGGUCAGACGCCUUGUACGAGAACGGCCACAGCGAUACCGAAUCUGCUGCAACGAGCGGCCGUCGAAGCAGCCGACGCUCCAUGACCCGUGCCUCUUCGAUCGUCUCAUCCGACCGUCUCACUGCUCGUUCGCGUCAGCCCUUCCUGCUGCGCGGUCAGCUGCGUCCUUACCAGCAGAUCGGCUUCGAAUGGCUAUCGAGCCUGUACGCCAAUGGCGUCAACGGCAUCCUCGCCGACGAGAUGGGUCUGGGCAAGACCAUCCAGACCAUCUCGUUGCUCGCCCACCUCGCGUGCGACAAGGGUGUCUGGGGCCCGCACCUCGUCGUUGCCCCUACGAGCGUCAUGCUUAAUUGGGAGGUAGAGUUCAAAAAGUUCUUGCCCGGUUUCAAAAUUCUCUCGUACUACGGAAACCAGAAGGAGCGCAAGGAGAAACGAAUCGGGUGGAACACGGAGAACAGCUUCAACGUGUGCAUUACGAGCUACCAACUCGUGCUGGCUGACCAGCACAUCUUCCGACGCAAGCCGUGGGUGUACCUGGUGCUGGACGAGGCACACCACAUCAAGAACUUCCGGUCGCAACGAUGGCAGACGCUGCUGGGUUUCAACUCGCAGCGACGGCUGCUGCUGACAGGUACACCUUUGCAGAACAAUCUGAUGGAUCUGUGGUCGCUGAUGUACUUCCUGAUGCCGCAUGGCGCUACCGAGCUGCCGGGCGGAGGCGCGUUCGCCAACAUGAAGGACUUCCAGGAUUGGUUCUCGAACCCGCUCGACAAGGCGAUCGAGGGCGGCACCAGCAUGAACGAGGAGACUCGGGCUAUGGUGCAGAAGCUUCACGCCGUCUUGCGUCCCUACCUUCUGCGUCGUCUCAAGAGCGAAGUCGAGAAGGAGCUGCCUAGCAAGUACGAGCACGUCAUCACCUGUCGUCUCUCCAAACGCCAACGAUUCCUUUACAACGACUUUAUGUCGCGCGCUAAGACACGCGAGAGCCUGGCAAGCGGCAACUACCUCAGCAUCAUCAACUGCCUCAUGCAGCUACGAAAGGUGUGCAACCAUCCGGAUCUGUUCGAGGUGCGACCGAUCGUCACGAGUUUCGCCAUGUCGAGAUCUGUGGUAGCCGAUUACGAGAUCAAGGAUCUACUCGUGCGUCGUCAACUUCUGCGGGAGGAGAUUUGGGAUAAAGUAGACUUGGACGUGACCAACUUCAGGAUCACGGAUUGCGAGGAGCAUCUGACCGCGAUCGAAUCACGCGAUCUGCGCAAGUUGAACGCUGCCAAGAAGCUGCCCCAUUUCAGGGACGAGGUUCCUGAUCCUCCCGACCUGGACACAUGGACACUCGACGGCUUUCAGCGGACGCGUGAGCAGCGCAAAUUGGUGGGCGAGAUGGAACGCUGGAAGCACUUGGCGUAUCUGAACCAGUAUCGAUGCACAAAGCGGCCCGUGUAUGGAAUCGCCUUGAUCAAGAUGCUGAGAGAAGCUGGCCAGGCCGGGAGACUGGAACCGUUGGAGCAGCAGGAGUCGGAUCGCAAAAGGUUCCUAGGCCGCUGCGACAACCUGUUGCGCAUCGUGCAGUCGCGUUCGACGAGGAGGGAGAACAUGCAACCCUUGAUCGACCGGUUCGCUUUUGUGACACCCCGCGCGGUUGCCGUCGACAUGCCUCGCUGGGCCCUUCCUGGUUUCGAGCCUUACCGAUGUCCCGACAUUGUGCGACCCGAGUUCGACACGGUUCACCCAGUUGCGGUGAAGCUGCACAUCGCCUUCCCCGACGCCUCCCUCCUGCAGUACGACUGCGGCAAGCUGCAGCAGCUGGACAUCCUCAUGCGCCGACUCAAAGAAGGCGGCCACCGAAUCCUUAUUUUCACGCAGAUGACGCGCGUGCUUGACAUCCUCGAGUCGUUCCUCAAUUACCAUGGCUAUCGCUACCUGCGUCUUGAUGGAGCGACCAAGGUGGAACAGCGUCAGGCACUCACCGAAAAGUUCAACCGCGACUUGCGCAUUUCCGCCUUCAUCCUGUCGACGCGUUCGGGUGGGUUGGGUAUCAAUCUCACAGGCGCAGAUACCGUGUUGUUCUACGACCUUGACUGGAAUGCUGCGAUCGAAGCGCAGUGCAUGGACCGCGCGCAUCGAAUCGGUCAGACGCGCGACGUGCACAUCUAUCGCUUUGUCACCGAACACACGAUCGAGGAGAACAUGCUUCGCAAAGCCAACCAGAAGCGCCUUCUCGACAGCGUCGUGAUUCAAGAGGGAGAGUUCAAUACCGAGACGCUGGCGAAACGGAUCGAUUGGCGCGAUAUGCUCGAUGAUGGUGGCAAGAUCGGCGAUGUCGAAGUAGGUGAGGUUGGGGCGGCGGAGAGCGGGAGGGAAGUCGAGCGGGCCUUCUUGGAGGCGGAGGACGAGGAAGAUAGACAGGCGGCUCUGAAAGCUAGAGAGGAGAUGUUUGUGGACGAUGACGAGUUCGAAGAUCAGCAGCAGGUCAAGCAGGUGGCGAGUAGGGACUCGGAAACGCCGAUGCCUGUUUCGACUCUGCAGACAGCUCAGACAGAGAUAGAUGGAGGAGAAGCGGGCGAGGAGGAAGAAGACGAAGAAGGCGGAAGCAUCGACGAUUACAUGCUCGCCUUUGUCGAACGGGAUUGGGACUUCUUCGCCUGA